CCAAGAUAGGAUUCUCGGUGUCCAAUAAUGAAGCUGAGUAUGAGACGGUGAUCAAAGGUUUGCAAUUAGCUAUGGCGGGGGGAGCCCGAAAGGUACAAGUGCAUUCUGAUUCUCAUUUGGUGGUUGGACAGUUUCAGGAGGAAUUCGGAGUUAAAGAGGACAGGAAAAAAUAUGUGGACGAGAUGAGGAAGUUGAAAGAGUUCGAUUCAUUCGAGCUAAUACAGAUCCCUCGAGGGGAGAAUGGUCGAACAGACCUAUUAUCGAAGAUUGCUCAAAGUCUGGUGGAUUGCAAAAGCAGAAGUGUGACUCUAUUGUAUCUGGAGAAAAGUGUGGUCGAUGCGGAGGUGGUUGAGAUUGAGGAGGUCAAGGAUUGGAGGGCCCCAAUCUUGAAGGAGUUAAAGGAGGGGGCGAUAAAGGCAGUACGGAGAUUUUUUGAGCAUGCAGGUAUUCUUUACAAGCGGUCGUAUGCCGGAUCACAUUUGCGAUGUGUGACCAAAGAGGAGGGUCAAUACAUGCUGAGAGAAGUGCACGAGGGAUGCAACAACGACCAUAGCAAGUUGGGUGCUUUGGUCGCGAAAAUUUUGAGGGCGGGGUAUUUCUGGCCGACAAUGAAGGAGGACGCUAAGGCUAUAGUAAGAAAGUGUUUGCAAUGCCAUAAGCAUGGCCCAUUGAUUCAUCAGCCUGCAGAAGCCAUGAAAACCAUGAGUUACCUCGAAAGGAUACCCAACCGAUUAAUCCCGACGUCGAACUUAACAUCGAACAAUCACAACCCGAAACCG